CUGUGACUGGAGGGCCCCCGAUUCCCGGCAGGCGGAAAGGAACUUUGAUGGGUCCCAAGUCUUUCUUGAAGUUAAGUUCACGUACCUACCCGACCACAUCGAACUCAUUUAUCCCAAGUUACAGAAAGCUUGUGAAUUCUGUUCCUUGCUGACCCCUUGUUCUUUUCCUUCCUUGCAAGGCCCGGGAGACUCAUUGGGAGACAGAUAUUCUCGAUUGUUCCAGUCGACAGUCGAGUUCCAACUGCAUUUGUUUUAUUGAGAUACCUUUUUUUUUCGUUUCGUCCUUUCCGUCUCCUAACCUUCCGCCGACAUGCUCCGUACCCGGCAAGCAAGCCGCGCCGUCAAGGCCUUGGCUCAGACCUCACGAUGCCAGUCGCGAUCUCUAACCUCGUCGCCCGCGGCUGCUGUCAAGACGGCCAAGAAGGCGCCUGCCUCUGGAGUCAGGAAUCAAGCGACGUCUGCAGCUCUUCCGAGAGAAGAACCCUCGCCGGCUUUCAACACAGCUGCCACGAAAGACAAGGCCCAUGUGCAACCCCUGGUCAAGCGCAAAACGCCAGACAUGGACGAGUCUUUCAUUGGCAUGACCGGCGGAGAGAUCUUCCACGAGAUGAUGCUGAGGAGAGGCGUCAAGCACAUCUUCGGAUACCCUGGCGGUGCUAUCCUGCCCGUCUUUGACGCCAUCUACAACUCGAAACAGUUCGAAUUCAUCCUACCGAAGCACGAACAGGGUGCGGGACACAUGGCCGAGGGCUAUGCCAGAGCAACUGGCAAGCCUGGUGUUGUUCUGGUCACCUCAGGUCCGGGCGCUACCAACGUGAUUACUCCCAUGCAGGAUGCCAUGUCUGAUGGUACGCCCAUGGUUGUCUUUACUGGUCAGGUCGUUACUAGCGCUAUUGGAAGCGAUGCUUUCCAAGAAGCAGAUAUCAUUGGUAUCUCUCGCGCUUGUACCAAGUGGAACGUCAUGGUCAAGAACGUCGCCGAGCUCCCUCGCAGAAUCAACGAGGCCUUCGACAUUGCCACCAGUGGCCGACCCGGACCUGUCCUCGUUGAUCUUCCCAAAGAUGUCACCGCUGCUGUCCUCAGAAGAGCUAUUCCUACUGAGUCGUCUCUCCCAGCUCUUCCCAGCGCUGCUUCGCGUGCUGCCAGCGAGAACUUCCGCCGCCAGACCACCAACUCGAUCCGCCGUGUUGCCGAUCUGAUCAACAUUGCCAAGCAGCCCGUCAUCUAUGCCGGACAAGGUAUCAUUUCUUCACCAGAUGGUCCCGCUCUUCUCAAGGAGCUCUCUGAGAAGGCUUCUAUCCCUGUCACCACUACUCUCCACGGUUUGGGAGCUUUUGAUGAGCUUGACGAGAAGUCUCUCCACAUGCUCGGUAUGCACGGUUCCGCGUACGCCAAUAUGUCUAUUCAGGAGUCGGAUUUGAUCAUUGCUCUCGGCGCUCGUUUCGACGAUCGUGUGACCCUGAACAUUAACAAGUUCGCUCCUGGUGCCAAGGCUGCUGCUGCCGAGGGCCGCGGAGGAAUUGUCCACUUCGAGAUUAUGCCCAAGAACAUUAACAAGGUCGUCCAGGCCACCGAGGCUGUUGAGGGUGAUGUUGCAGAGAGCUUGGCACAGCUCCUGCCAAACGUCGAGAAGCGGAGCAUGGCUGAUCGCAAGGCAUGGUUCGACAAGAUCAACGGUUGGAAGGCAAAGUGGCCCCUUAACAACUACGAGAAGGCCGAGAGAAAGGGGCUCAUCAAGCCGCAGACCCUGAUCGAGGAGCUCAGCAACUUGACAAAGGACCGCAAGCACGAAGUCAUUAUCUCUACAGGUGUCGGUCAGCAUCAAAUGUGGACCGCUCAACACUUCAGAUGGCGACACCCCCGAACAAUGGUCACCUCCGGUGGCUUGGGUACGAUGGGUUUUGGCCUUCCUGCCGCCAUUGGUGCCAAGGUGGGCCGACCUGAGGCGCUUGUUGUCGAUAUUGAUGGUGAUGCCUCAUUUAACAUGACUCUGACCGAGCUGAGCACGGCAGCACAAUUCAACAUCGGUGUCAAGGUCAUCGUCCUGAACAACGAGGAGCAAGGCAUGGUAACCCAAUGGCAGAACCUCUUCUACGAGGAUCGUUAUGCCCACACGCACCAGCAGAACCCCGACUUCAUGAAGCUCGCCGACGCUAUGGGAGUGCAGCACCGAAGACUCAUCAAGCCUGAGGAGACCGUUGAAGCUCUGAAGUGGCUGAUCGAGACUGAUGGCCCGGCGCUGCUUGAGGUCAUGACGGACAAGAAGGUGCCUGUCCUCCCCAUGGUACCCGCUGGAAGCGGUCUACAUGAGUUCUUGGUGUGGGACAGUGAUAAGGACAAGAAGAGGAGAGCGAUGAUGAAGGAGCGUACCGGUGGUCUGCACAGCUAAAGCAGUGACCUCGUAGGUGAUGCGCAAGUUUGUGCAAGAUACCUCAUGAAAAGUGGCAAUAACGAGCUGGAAUAAGUCAAAUAGUAUGGGUUAAUGGUGGUCAUCAAAAUGGGCGGUGGAAGCAUGUGUCAUAGCGACUUUUUCCUUCUUCUAUUUCUCCAGUCGCGCGUGAAACAUGAUUCACGUCACGGCGGUGUGUAACGGACAGGGACUCAAAAAGUGUUUUGCAGUCUGGCAUCAGCAUCAUUUUUUCGGCAAAUGGCGUUCAGAGUUUGAAUAUUUGGCGACUGACCCAUUAGGUAGUCAACUGUAUAUAGCGAGUUGUGGCGGAGAAUGAAAACUGUUGAGCAUUUCGAUC